UGCCAAGCCACGCCGUUCCGGUCAUUGCGAUCUCACGGGCACAGGAUAGGGCAGCAAAACUAAACUUCCUAUAUUUAUCAUAUUUCAAUAACGAUUCACAGGUGAUACACCCUCACCAUCUUGCCCUCUCCAUCUUAUUCCCGACACUCGAUCACAAGGAUGAUGAUGGCCGGUCUACAGGUAGCGAAGAAGGACCUUCGGCGAAGAAUGCGGGAUGCGCUGCACAAGAUCCCCGCAGACUCCAUAACAAAUCAAUCCAAAGCCGCUAGCAACAGGUUGUUUGCGCUCCAGGAAUACCAGGAUGCAAGGAGGAUAGGGGUCUAUCUCUCCAUGCCGGUGGGAGAAUUGUCGACCACUACCAUUGUUCGAGAUGCUCUGGCAAACGGAAAAGAGGUCUUUGUGCCAUACAUACACAAAUUGGAGCUAUCAGAACAGUCGAGAACCUCAGUCAUGGACAUGCUGUUGCUGGAGUCUAUGGAGGAAUUUGAGGCUCUCAAGCCAGACAAUUGGGGGAUUCCAUCGCUCUCCGAGGCACAGGCACUUAGUAGAGAGAACUGUUUUGGAGGCAAAGGAGUCUCGCCUCAGCCAGAAGAUGCUACGAAAGGGCCUUACGGACUAGAUUUAAUUGUGAUGCCGGGCAUGGCCUUUGACGAGGGAUUCAGGAGAUUAGGGCAUGGUAAAGGUUAUUAUGACCAUUUUCUGACAAGGUACUCGAGAGAGAGCGCCGCAAGCGAACCGACGAGGCCAAAGUUGCCCUACCUCGUUGCCCUGUCUCUCAAGGAGCAAAUGCUUCCUCCAACCGAAGAGAUACCGGUAGCGGAACAUGACUGGCCUGUAGACGUGCUCAUCGUCGGGGAUGACCGGACUUUAGUGCGCCAACACUGAUCCUUCACCAAGAUAGCGAGUCAUAUCAAUCCAUGGGUUCGUUCAUUUUGCUAGAGGUGCAAUAAUUGUUUCGCAGCGAUAUCCUUGAAGAAAGCGAAAGGUAGAGAAAUGCAAAUAAAGUCGUAUAACGGCACA